AUGGAUUAAAAUAUUAUAUAAUUAACAGGAGAUUAGAAGGCUAAAUUGCAUUAAUUAAAAUAGAGUGUUUAUAUAGAAGCAUAAAAACUAUUAAGAGAUGACUUAAUACAAAAAUAUACAGAUCAAGCUCAAUUAAUUAGAUUAUUGGUAGCAAAAGAUUGGAAAUUAGAUGAAGCUUGGGAACAAUGGAAUAGAUGGGUAGAAUGGAGAAAGUAAUAUAAGGCAGAUGAUAUAAAAAUUUAAGAAAUUAAAAAAGAACUUGAUAUGAAUAAAACAUUCUGGAAUGGAUAAGAUAAAUUGGGAAACCCUUGUUUAGUAAUAAAAGCUAGAAGACAUUUCCCUGGAUAAAGCGAUCCUGAUACUCUAAUUAGAUAUAUGCUAUAUAUGAUUGAUAUUGGUAUAGAAAGGGCUGAAUAGGCAGGUACAGGUAAAAUCACUAUAAUUUGGGAUAGAGAAGGAGUUACUUCUAAGAAUUUUGAUUCGUCUAUGUUCAAAAUUAUAAAAAGGAUGGUAACACUUGUUUAAGACAAUUAUGCUGAACGAUUGCAUUAAGCAUAUAUUCUCUAUCCAAAUUUUUUAUAUAAAACUGUGAUGACUGUUGUCAAACCUUUCUUAAGUGAGAGAACUAAAUAGAAAAUUAUUUUAUGCAAUGAAUUUAAGGAUCUAUAUCCAUAUUUUGGAAAUGAUUUUAUUAUUUCUGAUGGAAUUGGAGAUGAAUAAAUCUAAUAAUUAUAGGAUAGCUUAUAAGAUGAAUAAUAGAUCUAGUCUUUUAUUUAAUAAUAAUUAUUGCAGGAAUGA